GAUCUAGAUCCGAUAAACCCUGGAUUAAGGAUACGAUGAAAACGCAGUCAAUGGUUGCUAUCUAAUGAAUUUUAAUAUCAAAGGCAGCCGGCACAAAAUGGCGCUGCCCAGAGUCUCACGUUAUUCUGUGAGAAAAUAACUCUUUUAGUUACGUGAGAGUCAAAAUUAUGGGCAACAGAGAUAACAAAGUCAAUUUGAAAUUGUAGAAACUGUAAACGCAGAUUUCGACUGUAACCGCGGUGUGGCAGUCAAGAAGGAAUCGUUUCACCAACGAAAAUACGCAGAAUCCAAUGUUUGAGGUUAUGCGGAAUGCCGAGUUUUAAGUACCGAAUGGAAGGUUAUGUAAACUGAACGCAAGCAGUUCGUUAGGACUGACUUUGAAAAUGUCAUAAUUAAAAGGUCGUAGAAUAGUAAUUAAUUACAGUUCCGUAUUAGAAAUUAAUUUAAAUUGAUACUUUGACGUUGUCUACCAAGAUUAUCACAGAUCAUGUUCUCCGUGGCCAGGCGAGUAGUCUACAUGUUGAGAGAAUGCUACACCGUCGAAAGAAGACUUAUUCUACAAGGGAGGAGAGGACAUUUCCCUGUGCUAGAAAGCAGCGCUUCCUUUGCCGAUGACGGCUACAAAGGUCGCCAAACGCGGACAGACGAUGUAGAGAAUAGCGUAAUGAAAAUCUCCUUUGCGAAGUCGAAAGACCAGGACAAGGAGAACUUCCUGGACAUCCUGCGGGCUUACACAUUGGACAAUGAGAGGAGGCGUAGCCACGUGGAGUUCCUCUAUGCCGCCAUGAAGUACAUGGAGCAAUUCAAUGUCCACAUGGACCUCGAAAUGUACAAGAAGUUGAUAGACGUGCUGCCUAAGGGGAAGUACAUUGCGAUGAAUCAAUUCCAGGUGGAGUUCAUGCAUUAUCCGAAAGAGCAGCAGUGCAUCAUCGAUCUCCUGCAGAAGAUGGAGGAUAACGCCAUCAUACCCGACGUCGAGACUGAAGAAAUGCUGAUAAAUAUCUUCGGAAACCAUAGCUAUCCUUUGAGGAAACUUCGUAGAAUGGCCUACUGGAUGCCCAAGUUUAGGAAUCUGAACCCCUGGCCUCCUCCGAUACCUUUACCAGAGGAUUCCUGUGAAUUAGCUAAAGUUGCGAUAAAAAAGAUCUGCUCGGUGGAUGUGCAGAGUCAUGUUACAGUGUUUCAGUCAGAUUCCGUAGAGGAUUCGGUCGAUAAGACUUGGAUUGUAUCAGGGAUGAGCCCCAUGCAGGAAGAAUUACUUGUUAAGCAUGACAGAGCGAAGCCAGUCUUUGUCGAGGGACCCUUCAAGAUUUGGGUUGGUCGAGCUUCGGUGGACUACUUCAUAUUAAGAGCGGACGCUGUGCCAUUUAAACCACCUAACAUUAACAUUGAUGAUGUAUCGAACAUUCAUAUGCCCUGGGAGAAGGAGUUCAAGGAAAUAAUCGCAGCUCCAUCGGUACACGAACAAGCCGAGGGGACGCUGUUCUCAGUCUGUGCUACGGGGACAUCGAGUAAGGAUUCCUUGCUGUCUUGGGUGCGAUGCUUGGAAAGGAAAAAUCCUGUUCUAGUGAAUCUUCCUAUAGUGUUCACUUUGAGUAGUGGCACCGAAAAGAUUAUACACAUUGAAGGAAACACCGAAGAACACUUGAUUAGUCCAUCCAAAGCGGAUGAGCAUAGCAAAAGAUAAUGUUAUUUAUCACACCUUUCAUAGUGUGCUACUUGUAAAUAAGACGAUUCCUACUUCCAGAUGUGGGUGCUGCGUGAAAAAUGUUACUUGCUUUUCACUUACACGUAAUUAUUCCUCUGUAUUUUAAGGUUACAACUAAAACAUGUAAAUUGUACCAGAUUGUA